ACUUAAUUGCAUUUGCGUCUCCUACACAUUUUUGCUUUGUUAUAUAACAAUUAUAUAACCUGAAAACAUGUGCACCAAAUUUAAACAUGUUCUUACCUUUGCAAUGGACCUGAAGACUGGCUCAUUGCUCGUGGCUCCCGCUGUUAAGAAUUCCAGUUGCUCGCAUCCACGUUACUCUGGCCACAAUUUUAUACUACACAUUGGCAUUGCCGAGACCAUCGAAGCGGUGCUCAUUUUGGUGCUCACUUUGGGUGUGAUUGGUGCCAACUGUCUGGUCAUAUUUGUCAUCAACAAUCGUCGCUACGCCGCCUACAUACAUCAACAGCCACGUUAUUUGCUUACCUCGUUGGCUCUGAAUGACCUGACAAUUGGUCUGCUAAUUACACCGUUUGGGCUAAUGCCUGCAUUGUUUCAUUGCUGGCCUUAUGGUGAAAUCUUCUGUCAGAUACAGGCUUUGCUGCGAGGUGCACUUUCGCAACAGAGCGCCGUUAUUCUCGUUUGCAUGGCCGUGGACAGAUACAUGUGUGCACUACAUCCGCGACGCUAUUAUCAGCACUCUAGCAAGAAGGGCUGCGUUGCUAUAUUGAGCUUAACAUGGAUUAUCAGCCUGACGGUGUUCGGAUUUCUCGUGUUGCCCAAAGGCUACUACUUCAACAACACGGGUCUAAUGGCCUGCGAACCGUUUUACAGUAAGCCCUCUUAUCGAAUUUUGUCCACAUGUGCUUUAUACUUUCCCACAACGAUGGUGCUGAUGUACUGCUACGGCUCCAGCUUCCAUAUGAGUCGGUUUCGCCUGAAUGAUCCAACCAUGCCGCUUACAGCAGCCGCCCAUCAUCCCCAUCCACAUCAUCCCACUCAGCAUCUGCAUCAGCAUCAGCAUCAGUCGCAGCAUCAGGCUCAGCAUCAGGCGCAGCAACAACAACAGCAAUCAUCACACAUAUUUGGACAUGGAAGUCACAGGCACUCGCAUCAUCCCCAUCAUCAUCAUCGGGCACCCGUUAUGAACCAUUUAAGCAUGGCCAUGAGCAUGGGCCUCGUUGGAAUGCCCAGCAUGACUAAUAAGAUUACCAAAAAGAUUGUGCCCAUACAAGAGAAGAACUCAAGCGGCAACACGUCACGUUCCAUGGCCGCAAUUUCACUUGGAUUCAUUGUUAUGGUCACGCCGUGGACCAUUCAGGAGAUUGUUACUGCCUGCACAGGCUCAAAGCUGCCUCCAUUCCUGGAUUUUUUGGUCACCUGGACAUCGUUGAGUAACAGUCUGUGGAAUCCUUUUAUGUAUUGGCUGCUGAACUCAGACUUUAGACGUCUAAGUCGUCAACUUAUGCCAAAUAAAUGUUUUCCCAAUGAGGCUACGCCAGAACACAAAUCAGCAUGUUGUCACAUCAAUGCGAAUGAUUUUGAAAUCACAACGCUUCCGAUGCCGCCCGAGCCACCCGUCUCGAGGCCUCCGGCCAACAAUGGCACAAGCGGUGCCGGAUCCGGAGCAGGAGGAGGAGGAAGUGCUGGAGGCAUUGGUAGCUCCAUUGGCGGCUCGGUGCUUGGCAUUUGCGCGCGAUCCAGAGCAAACAGUUUAAGUCGCAGCGCCUCACAAUACAUAAGGGGCACUUUGGGCGGCAACAGGAUGCACAGUCAGCACUCGCGUCAACCAUCGACAGGAGAUGGCUACACUUCAGUGCGGCCCGAUAUUGAGGGCUUGUCCGAGAAGUAUUGGGGCGAGAUCUUGGAGCGGACCGUCAGCUCGGGAAAUUUGCAUGCAAUGCAAAAGAGUUUUCCCCACUUUCCGUAUCAUCAGCACAGCGGCGUCGGUGUCCAUGGCCACAUGCAUCAGGUCCAUCAGCCGCAGCAGCAUCAAACAACCUCAUUCAGUAAAUACAGUGAUCUACAUUUAAACAUAUCCAGUGCAGCACAGGAAGUUACAGCAGCGGAGCUCAGCAAAUUCUCCACAUCGGAGCCAAAACUCUGCGAACAUCUAUUCCACGAUGCCAAUUGUGCCAAGAGCAAACUACUUGGCACCACAGACGCCGCUCCCUCGACUUCAGUCUCGACUGUGGCCGCCAAGCUGGCAAUAGGUCACAGCAUACCGGACAUUUAGUACGCAGAGGACGUCAUUCUGGCCAACAGUCAAAAGGCUCGUCGGGCCAUGUGUGCCCAUCACUCGCUGCACCAGCAGGGACAUGCCAGGACUCUUUUGCAUGCGCCAGUCGAUGGUGGGCAUAAUACGGGCAGUCUGCGACUGAGUCGCAUCCGCGUCUCUUGUCACAGUCCUCCGCCAUCGAUGGCGCUGACUGGCAACGCCCAAGCCGAUUAUCGCAACUAGAAUUCUAAUUACAGAUAGAGAUAUUCCGAUACGGUAUUAAACCAAUCUACGAGAAUGUGUAAGAAUCUUAGGUCUAAAUAUGUGUGUGUAUAUUCAAAGAAUACUGCGUCGACUUACAAAACAAGUUCUAGACUAAACCAAUUCUAACCAAUUGCCACGUAAGCUACAUCUUGAAUAUUUCAGUGGUGUGGUAUUUGAUAAAUCAAACAAUUAAAAGAGGUUUCUCAGUUUCUUUUCAUCAAAAUGAUGUUGCAUAUUCCAUUCAACUAACUUCAAUGAUAUUUUCUCCGUUACUAAGAUAAUAUCCUCUUCAUUCUUUGCGCCGAUUUCUAUAUUUCCUUCAAGAUCAGAGACUGUGAAUACUAUAUUGUAGAUACUGUGCUUUUUUGACAAGAAUCCAAGUACUUACAACAAAAUAAUCACUAAAGAAGUAACUCAAAAUAUAGCAUAAAACAUUCAUAGUAUUGUGGCAAUAAAGUACAAUCAAUUAACUAUUUCUUCUGAUCGCAAGAAUUCUUUCUUUUUAUAUGUACUCGUAUGUGUUGAAAAUAGCACAGUUUAACAUUUUUCUGGGUGUGAAUAAAGAAAAUAAUAAAUGGACGUAUGGAAUGAAUAAGUAAUAAAUAAAGGUGUACUCGUAAGUAAGAAGUUCUAAUACAAUAUGUGACAAUGACAAAUCAAAAGUCAUGUAUACCAUACAUACAAGUGUAAGUGAAAUUCUAUUCUGAUCGUUCAAUGUGCUAAGUGUAGAUAUUUGUACUAGUAUGUAAUACUAUCCUAUUGGAUCUAAUCUAUUUCGAAAAUCUAUCACAUAGUUUUAUAAAAAUCUUUACAUUUUAAAUUCAUAGAGAUGGUAGACUACUUCUUUCCCCCAAAUGCUAUGCAAGCCAUUUUAAUUUCGUUAACAAAACCUUGUCAAAACCCUUUAAUUUACUAAGGAAAUAUACUCCCUAGUGCGAGAUGUGCAGAUUAUAUAUAAAUGGUUUUAAACGUGUUGUGGUUAUACAUAGAUCUAGUUCUCUUUAAUCGAAACCAGCCAGUCAGCUAUCGAAAUAAAACAUGUCUAAAUUAAAUACAACUAAAAACUAAAUGUAAAAUCAAAAUCAACCCAAGUUUGUGAUGGCCAUGAAUUUAAGUGAGUUAAAUGAAUAUUAAAUAGUUCAUUACUGAAGUAUGUAGUAGCUAAAAAACAAUUGUUAAUUGCAAGAAAUCAUUUGAAGAUCAACGACAAUUUUAGUUUAGACAACCAAAUAUUUUAAAUAUACUCGUAUAGUUUACAAAAUAAUUCAACAAU